CGGGGAAACGCGCUGGAAGUUCAGUUCUAGCAUCUCUAUCGCCGCCUUCUGCCUAAGUGUAGUGCGUGACUGUAAUGUGGAAGACAGCUGCUAAUUUAUUUAUUUAUUUAUUUAUCUUAGCAGAUCUCAUUUUACUGCUGCGUUAGUCUAUUUGUCUAACUUUACCUGGACUCCAUUUUUAUUAAAUUGCGCAGAAAGAUUGCAAUGAGUAAAUGGAUGUUAAUCGACUUGAAUACGGACUGUAUGGAGUUCUGACUGUAUUCAGUCCUUCUGACUGCGCGCCUAAAAUAGCGCUUCUUCUCAUAUUCUCAUAAUGGAUUGAUGGGUUCCUAACGCACGGAAAUAUUUUCGUGUUGUGAUCUAAGCUUGACUGAUGUGUGUGUGUGUGUGUGUGUGUGUGUGUGUGUGUGUGUGACGCACUGCAGUUAUUAUGUCGCCUAAAGACCCUGAGUGUUUGACCAUCUCCAUAAUGUUUAUUUAAAGACUCAGGAGCUGCGCAGACUGCGGUUUGUUGGUAACAUCGCUGGAACUGUGCGGUAUCGUACCUCCGAAAGUUUUCCUUACAUGGGAUUUGAGACGGAUCCACCCUCUCAUGCUUCAGUGAUAGCCAGUGGAAGCUAAUGCCUUUAACCAGAGACAAGCCACUGUAGAAUUUAAAAAAAAAAAAAAAAACCAGAGAGAGAGGAAAAAAAGAUUGCACUUUCCUAUUAGACAGAAAAAGCUAUCUGAUCGAACACCUACAGAGUUGAUCUACACAGUCCCCUGAAGACCAACUGGGCCCAAAUAAUAUAAAUUCAACUCUGGGGCAGGGAGUGUUACUGUGGAAUAAACUCAUAAACAGUAGAGAACAUUCCUGUUACCAAGCGAGGUUGAAACACUGGGGGUGCAGACUAGUGCUCACCAGCUGGUAUCUCUCAUUAAGAAAGAUCAACACUUGCUGUUGUCCAAAGUUAGUGUCACCAAGAGUCUGCUGGAAAGACACAGCUGCCAGGAGAUAAACUGGGCGCAUGGUCAUGCCAAAUAGUCAGCGGACAGAAGGUCACUCAUGUUCUGUUUCUCUGUUUACAAUGACGUGCCUUAAAAAAAAAUAGCUUUAUUUUACUCUUUACUUAUAAAGGAUACUGUUAGGAGAACCGGUCAACUUUAUAAUAAUCCAAGAGCAUACAUAUGUGGACUUACAAUUUUACCUGUCAUACUAUGUACGAUUGUAUAUACGAUUGUAAUAUUAUAACAAUGUUACUAUUUCUGCAUGCUAAGUGGAUUUGCGAGAUGGUCUGGGGCUGAACCCACCGAUUCACAUCGAUGAGUAAGGGUACUCAGCUGUCCCCAAACGGCCCCUGUGCAUCUACAGAAUCAUCUCCUCAGGACAUGCACAAGGUUUUUUUUUCGGAGAUGAAACAGCCAUCCCUACGUCAAGGCUAUAUCCCUAUCCCAGUCACCCAUGAAAAUGUCGAAAACAGGCAGCAACAGUAUCCACCAUUUUCUUAUAUGUAUCCGGCAAACCAGCAAAACCUAAGAGCAGAUGGCCGGACUCCAUCCCCAACUCCCACACUGCACUGUCAAACAAGAUCUCCUGUACAGGCCACUCCAGAGGCCGAUUCACACUGCCUGUCCUGUUCACCUGCUUCACAUGGACCUGAGGUUCACCAUGUGCACCAUUCACCACAGGGGACACAGUCUCAUACCAACUCGCAGCAUCAACCUUCCAGACCCAGCAGCACAGGCCUCCGGUCAGGCUAUAUUCCCAUUCCUGUCAUUCAUGAGGGGACCGUAGGUAGCCCACAAACCCAGAAUGUCCAUCCUAAGCGCUUAUGGCAAACAGAAUAUCAACCUUCCAGUCACAGUCGUCAACCAGAAGAAUGGAGUCCUGGCCCUGCGUUUUCCACAAGAGAAAAAGCCCCAAGUUACCGCGAACAUAUGCCCAUCCAGCUUGAGCAGAAUCGCUCAGCUAGUCCUAGCUUACUCCCCAGUGUAAGGGCUCAGGAGCCAGUCAGAGCACAGGUCAUGAGUGAGAGGCCACAGGUCCAGCAGCAUGUUAUGCAUACAGAGAUUCCUAGUAAAGUUGAUCAUCCUGUUGAACAUCGCACCAGCCUCCCCAUUGAGAUUCCUAUUCAGAGAGUGGCUGAACCACAACAGUCUGUACCACAUCCUAUAUUACCACUGACACAGCAUCCCAUACUGGAACCUGAACAGGAACUUAUACAGACCCCCAUACAACAGCCUGUGCUUCAGUCUGAACAAGUGCCACCUCCAGUGCCAGAGACCGCUAAUUUAGGUUCCAUGCAGGUUCCAGCAACACCAGAACCUCAGGAACCAUCAGCCCCACAACCAGAAGUUGAACUCGAGGAGAAGGUGGAGCCAAGCUCAAGUCACCCAGGACUGACAAAGGUACAGCAAAUAUUGGAGCGGGUGGAGAAACUGGCCCAGGAGGUGAAAGGUUUUUACGGGAAAAAGAAUGAUAAAAGAUAUCUGAUACUGGAGGAAUUUUUGACCAAAGAAUUGUUGGCUCUGGAUUCGGUUGAUCCAGAGGGACGUAUAGAUGUGCGUCAGGCCCGACGUGAUGGUGUCCGCAGAGUACAAACCAUUCUGGAGGAACUAGAGAUGCUGGGUGAGCAAUCAGAAGCACAGGUGAGCAUCAGCAGCACUGAAGAUGAGAAAGGAGAGCCUAGUUUGAUCAACCAGGCAGACAUGGAGAAGGCCAAGGAGAUAUCAUAACUGCAAACCAAAGCCCCCCUAGUAUGAAAGAGACAAUCACAUCUCCUCAGUCUGUUAUUGGUUGCAUGCACAAUUAAUUUAAUUGUUCUGUUGGCUGACAGUUAAUAUGUGAUUUGUUUGCUGAGUGCAGUUAUGUGUGCUGUUAAGUGAUGGCGCUCUUGUGGAAUUUUACUGUACAAGUGUCUUGUAGCAGGACCAUAGUGGUGACCUUGUGGUGGCUAAGUUUCAUCCUGAAACUCAGUCUCAAAUAAGAGGCCUUUACUCAAAUGAAUGUGCUUUAUUUUUGCUUCUACUUAGGACAAGUAUCCGAUGUUUGCCUUUAGUCUUUUCCAUGUAUGAUGAAAAGCUUUUGAAAUUCCAAUAAGAAUACCCAUUGUUUCAUAGAAGGACACUGAUUUUGUUAAUUGAUUUUAUAACAGCGGUCAAAGAAAUUAUUUACAAGUGUAAAAAGGGUCAAGGUUACACAUGAAAAACAAACUCCUUAUAUAUCUAUUCUUACAUUUGGAAAACAAAAACUGAUCAGACUAUCCGUGUUUUGACUAUAAUAUUGUGAUCUUGAUACUUGUCAACAUCAGUAUUAAUGGUUGAAUGAUAUAGACAACAGUGUUAUAUUUCUAUUCUAUUUUUGUGCCAAAAUGAACAUUUUUACAUAUUUUCCAGUGGUAAAAAUGUCCUCCAUCUCCAUUAAAGUGUAUUCUCUACACAAAAUAUACAUGAAUAAUAAAAGACCUGAAAAGUA